GCCGUAGCGCUGUUUUGUUGUGGCGCUGCGGGCGUGAUCUACCAUUUCCUCGUUUUUUUCAGUCUGUAUCCCGCAAUGAACCACCAGGGCCAUCCCUCACUGCAUCGUAUGGUCAGCAGUGGCACGGUCCUGGUCCCAACGCUGGCAAUCCUGCUUUGUCGCAACCUGACGCUGUUGCCUACCCUCAACACCAAGGACAACAGGUAUCGUCAAAUGCUGUGAAGGAUCCUACGAAAACGAAAAUUCAAGAGUGUAUAAACAAGAAACGACUCGAAGCAGCUAGAAUCUCCGGUAGUGGUUCAACUGGUUUCCCUGGUCCAACAUCAUCUCAGCCUUCCACGAUUGGGCCUAAUUUGACGCAAGCGUCGUAUACUGACUCAGGUGAUUACCAAACUCAUCAAAAUCAGAACAACUUCCAACAGAACAGUGGCCAACAUCUUCAAUCGAUGCUGCAACAGUCGUCUCAAUCAAUAGACCCAUCCCAUCAGUCCCAACAGCAGCAGCAACAAAUGCAGCAGCAGCAGCAACAACAACAGCAACAACAACAGCCGAUGCAGACAUCACAGCAACAACCUCUAAUCAACUUCAUAUCACCUCCCGCGCAUCAACAGCAACAACAACAACAAUCUGUCCAGCAGUCAUCAUCCGUUGUGCAACAUUCAAUGCAACCUCAAGUUAUGCAACAGUUGCAACAUCACAUGCCGCAACAAAUGCCUCCUGGUCUUCAACAAUCACAUAUGGCGUCAUCCCAGCAAAUGCAAUCACAACAGUCCAUGCAACAAAUGCCACAGCAAUCGCUUUUGCAGCAACAAAUGGGCCAACCUUUAGUGCAACAGCAGCCACGGUCAAAUAAUAAUCAAGGUAUGGUAACUAGUCAACAGUUCGCUCAAGGAGGUGGUUCUUCUCAACAUCAGACUGGAAUGGGUGGUCCUAUGCAGAUGAGUUAUCAAGGCCAACCACACACGGGUCCACAACCUUCGCAACAACCUCGAAAUCCAAUGGGUCAGUUCGCAUCCAGAGAUGGAACGAUGAAUGUGGAGUACCAGCAAGGUAUUUUCUGCAGAAAAGUAGAGAAGCAGAGAUAUUUUACUGAUAUGUAUUUAGGUACCCGCGGAGGUCGUCAGCAACUACAGAUGGGUUCGCAAGGUGGUGUGGUCCGUAAUGGAAUGCCGGGCACCCAGAUGAGUGGUCAAACGCAUAUGGGAUCCCAGCAUGUUCCUGAUGGCCACCAGAUGAUGACACAGCAAAUGGGAGGAAUACCAGUGGGUACGCAGCAGAUGUCACAUCAGAUGGGUCAAGCUCCAAUGUCAGGACAACAGUAUUACAUGCCACAGGAUCAGAGAAUGCUGAACCAGCCUUACAAUCAUUCUCAGUACCCGCAGAACAACCAGUUUUAG